CCCUUUUUUAUACAUGGUACUAUAGCAUUUCUACGUAUCGAUACCGAAUUACUUUGCGGUCUAAUAAUGCUACGUAUAAUUCUUAGGUGAUUGUGAUUGGUUGUUACUGGUAUGCUGGUGACAGUACACUAGAUUCCAUCCAGUGGUUAGGGUUUUGUCCUACUAGUUGUAAAUCUUCGUCAAUAAUUCGACCUAAUUGUAGCAAAUGUAGUUGUUCCUAGUGAAAUCUUCAUUUGUUUUGAUAAAAAUAGUUAAAUCUAGCAUGAAUAAAGAUGCCUGGAAUAAGAAAAUAUCGUCGUGAUACCAGCGAAGUCAGCUGUUGUUUGAAAUAUGUUAUAUUCGGUGUUAAUGUGCUAUUCUGGUUUGUGGGUCUCAUAGUAUUAGCGGUUGGUAUUUGGGCAUGGAUGGAAAAAGAUACAUUUAAUAAUCUCUCAAGAUUAACAAAUAUAGCGCUGGACCCAGCAUUUAUACUGAUAUGUGUUGGUACAAUAACCUUUAUUAUUGGCUUUACGGGUUGUGUUGGUGCCUUACGUGAGAACACAUGCCUUUUAGCUUGUUAUGCAGUAUUUUUAGCUUUAUUGUUAUUGGCUGAAAUGACAACUGGAAUAUUGUUUUUCGUGUUUAAAGAUUGGAUCAAGCAACAAGCGACAAGUGGAUUCCAAUCAUUUAUAACACAUUAUAGAGAGGAUCCUGACCAACAGAAUUUAAUUGAUUGGAUACAAGGAGAAUGGCUUCAAUGCUGUGGUGUGGAAGGUCCACGGGACUGGGACCGUAACGCGUAUUUCAACUGCUCGAGCGGCGCGGUGGGCUCGCGCGAGGCUUGCGGCGUUCCCUUCAGCUGUUGUCGCAGCAAGCCUCAGGAUAUCAUCAUUAAGAAUAAACAGUGCGGUUAUGAUGUGAGAAAGCCUACUUAUCACGUAAGCGAGCACGUGAUAUACGAGCGCGGUUGUCUGGUGGCGGGCGAGGACUGGCUGCUGCGGCACUUCGCAGUCGUCGCCGCGGCUGUUGUCACACCUCUUGCCAUCAAGAGUUUUGACAUUGCUAAAAUAAUAUAUGACAAAGGCUGCUUAGAGGCUGCGGAGGAGUGGUUUGACCGCAACCUGUUGAUUGUAGCCACAUCCGCAGUUUGUACCGCUUUUGCACAAAUUUUGGGUAUUUGCUUCGCUCAGAAUCUCCGAGCGGACAUAUUCGCGCAGAAGUCGAAGUGGCACUGACAUUCGGCCUCUCCUGCCGCCGUGUGACGCGCGCCGACACACAGCGACCCCUACCGCCUGCUCUACACAGGACCCUUGUGAUUUAUCGAUACAUCGAUAAUCGAUAUCGAAUACAUCGAUAGUCGAUAUCGAUUAUAUCGAUACUUGAGUGAUGUGACCGCAACUAUAAACACCAAUCGAAUACAUUAAACGUUAUGAAAUGUUAAAUAUUUAUAG